AUGAGCGGACUGAAUCCUAAGGCAUCUUCAUCAGCAUCGAAGGAUGCGCUGCAAUUUUACAAAACAGCUGUUGAAGUCGGACUUAGCCCCGGAGAUGCAGGGGGUACCCAGGCGGACUUUUUCGAGCGUUUCCUCCGGAAGCACUCAGACAACGUCAAAGACGAUACAGUCGCAUCUGUGAAACGAGGCUAUGUAUUUACGAAGAGACUACAUUACUCCCGCAAGAAGCACAACAAGAAACCCCACAACCUGCUCACAUCUCGAGAGAAGCGGACCCUCGGUCUCUUCACGAUCACUCGGCAUGGUCAAUUGACGUAUGAGAGUUUCCUGAGAAUACACGACCUAUGGAAAGGCUAUUUCAAGGAGGCGGUCGCCGACGAGAAGGUUUCGAAGUUGGAAAACCUCCAAAUAUCGUUGAUGAAAGCCGACUACACCGGAUGUCAUUUCGUGGUGGCGGCCGGAAAAUGCGUUAGCCAUGUCGGCCAGAGAGGACUCGUCGUACAAGAAACCAAGAAUACUUUCAAGCUGCUGACGAAGGAGGACCGUAUCCUUGAAAUCCCGAAGAAAGGAACCCUUUUCGCUUUCAUGCACGGAGACAAAUUGUACAAAAUCUAUGGAUCGCACUUCCGGAAACAUGGUUUCGAACGAGCGAAAUCGAAAUUCAAGGUGACAGAAAAUAUCACUCUCUGAAAUAAAUUGUUGUUCAUUCGCAAUG